AUGUAUGCCGCUGGGUUGAGGAUAGUUAUAGUUGUUCAGCACUACCCGCCAAUGGAACUGCCCUCUUUUCGGAAUCAGUAUGAAAAAGGAUUCCGAUCAGAAUCAUGUUGUGGUCCUGGGUUCUCCGCGGAAGGGCACUACCUGGACACCACUAAGUACAAGCUGGACAUUACAAUCUCCACCAGGGCUCACUCGUAUCUUCUUCAGGACGUCCCCCAUUUCAUGAUGAUUACAAUGCUCGAGCUUUCGGAAGGCUCGCGUAGGCCGCAGUCAUCAGCCAUGCAGCUUUCUCUCGACCACAAUAUGGCUACUCUAAAACGGCCCCGAACAUGUUACUAUCCUGGGGUUGAGAAGAUCCGACCAAAGGUCUUCGAAAGAAACAUUCAUAUGGUCCUCGGGACUAAAGGGACUUUAAGUCUUACCGGCGUCCUUAUGAGUAUGAAGAAACGGUCCAAACAAACAGCUGCCUUCCCCCGAAGAUAUAUUUUGAGACAUGCCGAUGAAUACAACUUCUGUCUUUCUGUCCUUCUGUCCUUCCAAGUUCCAGUCCAGCAAGGCAAAGAUAGCUCUUGCUCGUAUGGUAUGAUUGAAACACUUUUGAGCACUCCGGAUAUUCGUAGCCCAGUCGGGAAGGAUAUAGCAGAUAUAGCCGUAUUUGAACAAUAUGGAUCGGCUAUUGCAUGGGAUCACUACGUGAUCAGUUCAUCGAAAACAUAUAGAAACCCGGUUGCAGACCUUGGAUCCAAGGGCAAUGACAACGAGCAGGAGCGCACGUCUAGAAAUCAGCUGGAACUUGAACGCCUUCUAGGCAGGCAAUUUCCGACCAGCCUUCGCCCAAUCAAUGUUGCCCCAGAUCCGUUACAGUCGCAAUAA